CCUUAAAGGGCCCAAACCAUGCAAUGGUUUGGGUUGGGAGGGUCCUUAAAGGUCAGCCGUGGAGAGCUUUGGGAUGGGAAGGUCCUUAAAGGUCCCAAACCGUGGAGAGCUCUGGGUUGGGAAGGUCCUUAAAGGUCCCAAACCAUGGAGAGCUCUGGGUUGGGAGGGUCCUUAAAGGUCCCAAACCAUGGAGAGCUCUGGGUUGGAAAGGUCCUUAAAGGUCAACUAUGGAGAGCUUUGGGUUGAAAAGGUCCUUAAAGGUCAACUAUGGUGAGCUUUGGUUUGGGAAGGUCCUUAAAGGUCAACCAUGGAGAGUUUUGGAUUGGGAAGGUCCUGAAAGGUCCCAAACUGUGGAGAGCUCUGCGUUUGAAAGGUCCUUAAAAGUCAACCAUGGAGAUCUUUGGGUUGGGAAGGUCCUUAAAGGUGUACUGUGGAGAGUUUUGAAUUGGGAAGGUCCUGAAAGGUCCCAAACCAUGGAGAGCUUUGGGCUGGGAAGGUCCUUAAAGGUCCUUAGAACCACAGGAGCACGGCAGCGAUUUGUGUUGGAGGACCUUCGCCUCGGUUCAUCGCGGGGGUUGGGACCAGCUGACCUGCGGGGGCUCCUCCCACCUCCAUCGUCUCUGCGCCCCCACCCUCCCACAGCCCCCCCUGUGCCCCCCAGGUUGAAGAACGUCGUCUUCGACAUCGUGCCGUGCCGGGAGCCGGGCCGCUUCCAGGUGAAAGCCCAAUUCAUGGGCGUCGACAUGGAGCGCUUCCAGCUGCAUUACCAGGAUCUGCUGCAGCUGCAGUACGAAGGCGUCGCCGUGAUGAAGAUGUUCGGCAAAGCCAAAGUCAACGUCAACCUGCUGCUCUUCCUGCUCAACAAGAAGUUCUUCAAGAAGUGAACGGC